CGGGAGUCAGCGGUGUUUCACAAGCUGUCGCCAGUCGUGGCCACGUGAAAACUAAGGUUAUAAGUGUGAAUUUUUGUAGUAUGGAGCAACAUAAUUCAUAUCCAGCAGAUUAUUAUGAGGUUUGCUCCUCAAACUUCUCAAACAAAAAGAAAACUAACUGGUUUUGUAACAGACCGCUUGAUCCACCACAAGAAACGAGUAGAAGAAUGGCUGCGUUAAAAAUGGUGAGUUAAGUAUAUAUGUGUUAUGGUUCAUACUAGAACAGUUAGUAAUAAUUGUACUAAAAAAAACUGCACUUCCAGAAAAAUAAGCUUUUUUGUUUCGUUGGAACCUGAUUUAUUCUGACC